UUUCUCACGAGGAAGCCUAUUCAGCAUAAGGGAAUUUCCCUUUUAAAAAGGGAGGACUUGGCAGCUAUGGCAACUAAGCUUCUUAGACCAGCAGGCGAAGCCCGUUCUGCCCUGAGUGCUGCUGUUGCUACGGGUGUCCUUGAGCUUCAGUCAGGUGGUGUCUGUCUGUGAGAAUCACUUACAAUCUGGAAUUCUAUGGUGUUUGUAGUCUUUUUUUAAAUUAAAUUUCUAUACCACCCUUCAUCCGAGGAUCACCAGGAUCUUAUUUUUCCUAAGGAAAAUAAGAUCAUAUUUCUCUAUGGUACAGCAGCGGCAAAGAUAUUAGUGGCAAGUCAUUGGAAAACAGAAGUGAUACCAGAAAUACCGGAGUGGAGAUCCAAACUGUAUGAAUAUAUGGCAAUGGCAAAAUUGACUGUAAUUAUAAGAGGAGGCUCUAUCCAGAAGCUGAAGGAAGAAUGGAAAAUGGUAGAUGUGUGUACAUGGCAAAAUAUGGAAAUAUUUUGGCUUGUGAUUAAGGAAGAUGGUCAUAUGGUCACAGCUCGGCAGGAGCCUCGCCUGGUUCUGGUCUCUGUAAAUUGUGAAAAUGGUCUCUUAAUCCUGAAUGCUCCAGAAAUGAAGGAACUGACCAUCCCUAUCACUGCUCCUAAGGAAAAUCCAGUGAAGACUUGCAGGGUGUUUGGGCUCGAUAUUCAAGGACGGGACUGUGGUGAUGAAGUGGCUCAUUGGUUCACCACUUUCUUGAAGUCAGAACCAUAUCGGCUGGUACAUUAUGAGACCCACAUGGCACCAAGAAAAUGUGAAAAGAUUCACAAACCUUUUGAUCCUAAUGAUGAGGUUCCCUAUAGUGACUGUGCUCCGCUCUUAAUCAUCUCAGAUGCUUCAAUGGAAGAUUUAAAUGCCAGAAUGGAGAAGAAAAUCAAUAUGCGGCAUUUUAGACCAAACAUUACUGUUUCAGGCUGUGGAGCUUAUGAGGAGGACACCUGGGGCAAAAUUAUAAUUGGUGAUGUGGAACUGAGAGAGGUGAUGGCAUGUGGCAGGUGUCUCUUUACAACUGUUGACCCAGAAUUGGGCAUCAUAGACAGAAAGGAGCCACUGGAAACACUAAGAAGCUACCGCAUGUGUGAUCCAGCGGAGAAGCAUCUCUACAAAUCUGCCCCCUUGUUUGGGAGCUUUUUCACAGUAGCUAAACUUGGAACCCUUAAAGUUGGAGACCCUGUGUAUAAGAUAAUCGAAUGUUAGGGAGGGGUCAGAGGACUCUUUGCCUUAAAGUGCUUAUCUGUUCAGCAGUUGCAAUGUUGUUAUCAUAGGGCACAAACCAGCCAAAUCUCAGCAUUUAAAAAAUCCCACUGAUGUCAGUGAAAGAAAUUUAAGCACCCAAGUGUCUUGUUCAUUCAUUUGCCAAGUGCUUAGUUUUGUCUUAAUUUGUGCUCAUAUUUCCUGCUGGUUGUAAUUUUACUUGGCUUCUUAGAGAAAAAGACCUGCAUUGUAAUUUGUAACUCAGAUUAGUAUAAUGUUACCAGAUAAUUGUUUAUUACCAACAUUUUGAACUGAACUCUCGAAAGAUGCCGGAACUUUAUGGGGGUGGAAACAAGAGUCCUGUGGCAUACUGUAAAGCAUGGGCGUAGGCAGGGGGGGCAGGGGGCAUCUGCCCCCCAGAAGGCACAGCAAGGCGGCCCCAGGCUCGCACUCCCUGUGCGGGAGCCUGGAGCCUGGUGCUGCAGCGCUGCACCUCUCAGCUGUUUUUUGCUUCUAGGGGGGCAGCUGCCCCCCUAGAAGCAAAAAACAGCUGAGAGGCGCAGCACCCGGAGGAGGAGGAGGAGGAGGUGGACAAGGUUGGGGCCUCUGCAGCAGCGGCGGUGGCUCCGCAUCCGUCCGUCUGUCCGGGCUCCCGGCCGGCCUCCUCGCCUUGCUCCUGGCCAAGACACGCCCCUCACUCGCUGCCUCCUCAUCCUUCCUUCCUCCCCUCCCUCUUUUCCUCCUGCCUCUGCAGGCUCCUUCUCGCGCCCCGCCGCACGCACGGGCAACUCGGCGGCAGCUGCAGACGCCGCUCCUGCUGCUGAACUGCGUUCAGAGGAGGGGAAAAGAAAAAAGGAGAGUGCUUCUGGGCAUGCGGGGCACCAUAAAAGGCCACCACGUUAGUGUCGCUUGGCGGAGCGGGUGCUAAGAAGCUUGCCCUCUUGUGCGCUGUUCCCUGGGAGCAAGUCCUAUUGAACUCAGCAGCUCCUGCUGCUGCCGCCGGCAGCCAUCACGCUCUGGCUCCUCCCCCUCCCCGCCAUGUGCACUUCUUCCCUUCCCUCCCGUGCCUUGGCCCUGCCCCUUGGCCCCCCUAGUUUUGAUCCUGGGUACGCCCCUGCUGUAAAGACUAACAGAUAUAUUUUUUUUGUAGACAAUAUCACUUUGUUAUAUCUAUAGUGUUAUCCUCAGUGUCUCUCUCUUUCUUGUUUUUUGGUCACUGUUUUGGAAAGGCAGCAUUUAAAAUAGAUAAAUAAAUAUAUAUCUGUUAAUUGAA